UCCUUUGUGAAGUCAGUCAAUGCAUUCAAUGCUAUGAGCUUACUACAGAAAAAGUACCCCCACUCAUUUACUUUUACAGAACGCGUCUUCUCUUUAUCCACACACACACUCUCACUUAUUGAGUUGUACCAAAUUGAAGAAGCUCACUUAGAUCUUGAAAGCUCUGAUCCAAAAUUUCAACUACUCUCUCUAGUUACACAAACUACUUAACCUAAGCUUUGUUGCAACUACACUCUCAGAAAUCUGUUGACUUGCCAAAGAAUCGAAGUCAACCCACAACUGGACUUGCUUGCUUGUUGGUGUUUAGAUGGCUUCUUCUUCAUCAUCUUUUGGUGCUUCUCAUUCAAACUCAAAGCAGCAUCAUGUUUUUCUUAACUUUAGAGGGGAAGAUACUCGAUACAAUUUUACAAGCCAUCUAUAUGCUGCCUUGUGUGGAAAAAAGAUCCACACAUUCAUGGAUGAUGAGGAAAUUGAGAGAGGAGAUAACAUCUCACCAACGCUUUUAUCAGCUAUUGAAAGCUCGAAGAUUUGCGUAAUAAUUUUCUCGCAGGAUUAUGCGUCUUCUUCAUGGUGUUUGGAUGAACUUGUGAAGAUCAUUGAAUGCAGUGAGAAGAAAAAACUUGUUGUCAUACCUGUUUUCUAUCACAUCGAUGCAUCUCAUGUAAGACACCAGAGGGGAACCUAUGGAGAUGCAUUUGCCAAACACGAGGAUCGUUUCAGGGACAAUCUAACCAAGGUACACAUGUGGAGAACUGCCCUGCACAAAGCUGCAAACUUAGCAGGAUGGGUUUCCGAGAAAAAUAGGUCCGAGGCUGUCGUAAUUAAAGAAAUUGUUGAAGAUAUAUUGGACAAGUUGAAAUGUAUGAUCCCACAUGUUCAAAAGAAAGGACUUGUUGGAAUUUCUCGACACAUUGCGCAUGUGGAAUCAAUGUUAUGCUCUGGGUCAGCUGAUGUGCAUAUUAUUGGUAUUUGGGGUAUGGGUGGCAUAGGCAAGACAACCAUUGCAGAUGCUGUGUUUACAAAAGUCUCAUAUCAAUACGAGGGAUACUACUUUGCUGCCAAUGUCAGGGAAAAAUGGGGAAAUCGGAUAAAGUUGCGGAAUGAAGUUCUGGCGGACGUGUUAGGGGACCAAAGCAUCAAUAUUAGUACCCCUACAAUGAGUUCCGCCUUUGCUGUAGAAAGACUUAAAUGUAAAAAGGUCCUCGUCGUUCUUGAUGACGUGAGUUUAUCAGAACAAAUAGAAUAUCUUGUUGGAGGGAGAGAUUGGUUUGGACCUGGUAGUCGAAUCAUAGUGACCACUCGAAACAAAGAAGUGUUUAACAGUGGAGUCGAUGAAGUAUACCAAGUGACGGUAUUUAAUUCUCAUGAAGCCCUAAAGCUUUUUAGCUUGAACGCCUUUCAACAAGACAGUCCAUUGAUCGAAUACCAACACUUGUCAGAAAGGGCAGUGGGUUAUGCUAAGGGCAUUCCUCUAGCUCUUAAAGUUCUGGGCUCACAUCUUCGUUCCAAACGACCAAAAGAAUGGGUGAGUGCAUUGGAAAAGCUGAAGAAAUAUCCAAAAGCUGAAAUUUAUGAUGUGUUGAGAUUGAGUUAUGAAGGAUUGGACCCUGAGGAGCAGAGUAUAUUUUUAGAUAUUGCCUGCUGUUUGAAAGGACAAACAAAAAGCCAAAUAACAAGUAUAUUAGAUGCAUGUGAUUUUUCUACUGAAAUUGGGAUGAGAAGCCUUGAAGACAAGUCUCUUGUAACUGUUUCUAAAAACAACACAGUACAGAUGCAUGAUUUGAUACAAGAAAUGGGACGUUUUGUAGAAUCUGAGAAAAAGCCUGGAGAAAGAAAACGGUUGUGGGAUCCUAAAGAAAUUUAUGAUGUCUUCAAGCAUAACAAGGGUAUUGAAAGUAUUGAGUGUGUUGUGUUGGACAUGUCUCAAAUCAAAGAGUUGACAUUAAGCCCUCAAACAUUUCAGAGAACGCACAGGCUCAGAGUUUUGAUAUUUUAUAUACCCUCCAGUGAUACGAGAAGAAUCAAUGUGCAUAUUUCCAGAGGUCUCAAUUGCAUGCCUCUCGAAAUAAGUUAUUUCAGAUGGGACUGUUUUCCAUUGAAAUCCUUGCCACCACAGUUUUGUGCGGAGAAGCUUGUCGAACUUGAUAUAAAACAUAGCCGAAUUGGAAAGCUUUGGGAUGGAGUACAGGAUCUUGUGAAUUUGAAGUCAUUAUGCCUAAGUGGUUGCAAGAACUUGGUUGAGCUCUCAGAUUUGUCUUUGGCCUCGAAACUUGAGAAAGUACAUCUUGAUGAUUGUGCGAGCUUGUUGAAUGUUCCUUCAUACAUUUUGUCACUUGAUAGUCUGCUUGCACUAAAUCUGAGAGACUGUAAACAGCUCUGUUACAUUGAAAGUGAGAAGCCAUCUAGAUCUCUUCGAUGGCUUAAUUUGAGAGGGUGCUCAAGACUUGUAAGGUAUUCAGUUUUUUCCGAGGAACUGGAGUACUUGAACUUGGAUUUCACGGCAAUUGAAGAACUUCCUCACAACCUCAACCUCUUACCAAAGUUAAAAAAACUAUCAUUAAGAGGAAGUGAUAUUGAGAUAUUGCCUGCUAGCAUACAACAUCUCUCCUUGUUGAGAGCUCUCGAUGUAAGUAACUGCAGGAGGUUUCGUUCCAUGCCCAAACUCCCAUUAUUGCUACAAGACUUGAAUGCAAGCAAUUGCAUAUCCCUAGAAACAGUUUCAAAUUCAGGGAUCACAAUGUUGCAAGAUUCUUUUGGUAAGCUAAACAAGAGAACAUUGUUGACACAGAUUCACAAGGAAGAACAAAUGUCUAUUCGUCAUCGUGACUAUUUGGGUAGAUUUGAGUUUCAUAAUUGCAUAAAGUUGGAUCAGAUUGCACGCAUGACUGUUAUGGAGGAGGCACUAAUUAGAAUUCAGCUAGCAGCUUACUUGUCAUCAAAGAUUCAAGUGUUUUCUGAUCCUUAUUGUCAAGCUGAUGAUAAAGUUUCAAAGAAUUUUGACCAUGAGGAUUUUCUAUAUGUAUCCCGGCCCUUUUAUAGUAUUUUACUGGGAAAUAAAGUGCCAGAUUGGUUCCUGCAUAAAGAAACAAACUCCUUGUUCAUCACUAUUGAAUUUUCUGAACGAUGGAAUUUACUGUGCAGAUGCCGGGGGUUUGCCUUCUGCCUUGUUCUUGGAGCAUCCGAAUCAAACAAGAACAUUCGUCGUACUGGUCUUAUUGCAGGGUGUAGAUACAAUUUUGGAGGCAAAUAUAAAGGAACAUCCAUUUUGAAGUCUUCUUAUAGUGAUGCUAAGUCAGACCAGGUAUGGCUUUGGUAUGACCAAAUUUUAGAAGUUGCAGAUUUCCCAAGGACAUUACCAUGGAAGGUCUGCUUUGAGUUUUUUGUUCGGUCGGGUUGUUCAGGGUCUAUAGUGAAACAGUGUGGAAUUCAACCAUUGUAUGCUCCAUUCGACAUCAUGCAAAGCUCACAUGAAGAAGUUAAUAGAGAAGGUAAGAUGCCUUACCAUGAGCUUGAAUACAAAAAAGAUCCAGGAAAUUACUGGCUUCUUCGCCACUAUGCUCACCCUCCUGAUGGCCUUGGAUUUCCAUCAAAACAACAAAGGAUUUCUGGGUGUCAUGAUGGACAUAUUAUGGAACCCAUUCCAUCUACUUAUUGUGCCAGGAAGGUUGAUCAUAUUCAUAUGGAACACAAUCAUGCUGAAGUAUUUGUUAAUUUUGGUCUUAUUCGUAGUGGUUACCACCAACCACGCGAUCUGCAGUGUUUAGCCCAAAUGCUUCUGGAUAACUAUUGUUAUUACGGUAAACUUGUAGAUAAUAUCGAUAUCUUUUCAUCCCUAGGGAGAUUGUCGCUAAGUGAUUGCAAUGUUGAGAGCUUUCCUUCUAGAAUUGCAAACCUUUCAAGGCUGAAAGACCUUCGAAUAAGAAACUGCAAGAGCCUUAGGUCUCUGUCCAAACUUCCACUAUCCCUUCAAUUUUUGUAUGUCAAAGGGUGCACAUCUCUGAAGACGGUUGGAUUUGCUGAGGAAUACUUCAUGAGAGUUGAUGUAAUUGUUCGCGGUGAACGGAUAACUAGGGUCAUUGAAGUGGAAAAAGUGUCGAGAAUACAAGUUACCGACCCAUUAGCAAAUGCCAGGAGCUGGACCAUGCUCAAGUUUGGGUCUUCGAUGGUCAUUGAGUUCCAUGUUGCUUCAAUUUUAGAGUUAUUGAAUGUUGAGAGACGUGACUGCUGUACAAUAGAAGUUACUGUCAAGGAGUUGGUAUAAAUUGGGUCUUAGAUGACCAUUAUAUUCAAUUUGGUAAAGUCAAUUUUAAUGCCUUCUUUCAUCUUCCCAA